AUGAGUGAACUUAUAGAUAGACCCCGUUCAGAAUUAACUGAAUUAGAAUUGAAAACUUUAGAAGAAUAUGAAUUUAAUCAUGGUCCAAUGUCCAUUUUGAAUAACGCAGUUAAGAAUGAUACUCCCAUAAUAAUAUCAUGUCGUAACAAUCAUAAAUUGAUAGGGAAAGUGAGAGCUUUUGAUAGACACUGUAAUUUGGUAUUGGAAAAUGUCAAAGAACUAUGGACUGAGGAUAUCAAAAACAACAAGGGUAAAAAAAUCAAAAGCAUUUCCAAGGAGCGAUUCAUUUCAAAAUUGUUUUUAAGAGGAGAUUCGGUGAUAAUCAUUUUAAAGGCAUAA